AUGCGAGUGGCAGCUGGAGCUAAGACGGUUGGCGAUGAGGGGAAAAUGAUGGCACUUACUGUUGGGGUGCGACGCCACUCACCCCUCUGGAAUAGUUUAAGGAAGAAUGGGGUGAAGAGUACCCAAGAAUUCCUGGAUCGAGCAGAUCAGUACAUCAAGCUUGAAGAGUGUAGGAGAUUUCCCUUUCUGGAGGCAGGUUCCCUUUCUGCUGGUGAUGUUGAGGACAAGGAAAAGGGUAUCAAGAUUUUGAAGGAGGACUGGGGAAAAUUGCAUAUACACAUUGCUUCAUACAAAAAAUUCCCCACCGCUAUUGGGUUAGCUUCCUCUACUGCUGGUUUAGCUUGUUUUGCUGAUGAAGUUAAAACUUUUUUGGUUGGCUGCCUCCAAGAGAAGAUGCAAGAUACUUGGUGUGCAAGCAAUCUCUCACAAGAGACUCUUACUUUUGUUUGCAUUUUGCAAGAGAUGGUUAGAUGCUAG